AUGACUCUUUAUCCCUCUUCCUUGAGUGUCAAUGAUCACGAAGGAAGAGUCAUUCUAUCUUUCGAGUCAUCUUCUACCUCGUCAUCAAGCACUCAACAUGAUUCAAGAAUGAUCUCCAUCCAAACACAACAACAACAACAACAACAACAAUCGAAUAGAUAUGACAUUUCAAGGAACAACCUUCUUCAAACUUUACACUUUCAUUCCUUCCACAGCACUUUUGAAGAACCAUCAUCAUUGACAACUCCUCCCACCAUCAUUCCAACAACAGAAAUGUUUCAAGAAUUAACCAUUUAUAUAAGCCAUGUACUCGGCGACCAUCAUCAUCAUCCUGAUGAUUCUUCAACAACAACAAAUCUCCAACACAUUCCCUAUUUACCAUGUACUUUGUACGCUUGUAAUAUUCCUCUCUCGCACCACCACUCCACUUCUGUGGUUAUUGAACUUUUGGUGACUGACAUGUGUGGUGCAUGUCAUCUAGUGGCAGCUUACCACAUGGAUGGCAUCACCUCUUCCAUUCAGUACAUGAUUGGAAGAGACAUUUGCAUGGCCACUCAUUUGGCACAAGGUUUAAGUGACAACACCAUGCGUGCAUGGAUUCGAUAUAAUUAUCAUCUGGUCCAACCUUUGAGAGUGAGUCUAUUAUGA